UGUUUUAAGUGGAACGAUCGGGGUUUGGAAGGAUCUUUCAGACUUCUCUCUCUGUCCAUAGCCCCUGUUUUCUCUCCUUCGCAUCCAUCUUUCUUCCAAUCUAAGAAGGGUUCAGGAGAGAUUCCGGGGUGAGCGAGUUUUGCUCUCAACCUCUAAGUCCGUACAGCAAUGGGGUUCACUUCUUUCUUGGGCAGGGUUCUCUUCGCAUCCGUUUUCAUCCUCUCUGCAUGGCAAGAGUUUAACGAAUUUGGGACUGAUGGUGGGCCUGCAGCAAAGGCUCUUAGACCAAAGUACAAUGUUGUUACGGGUCAUGUAUCUUCCCAGCUUGGGGUGCAAGUUCCAGAGAUUGAACUUAAACAUCUAGUGGCUGCGGCUAUUUCUCUGAAGGGGAUUGGAGGUGUUCUCUUCAUCUUUGGCAGUUCUUUUGGAGCUUACCUCCUGCUUAUACAUCAGUUGCUUGCAACUCCAAUCUUGUAUGACUUCUACAACUAUGAUACCGACAAGAAAGAGUUUGGUCUACUUUUCGUGAAGUUUACUCAGAAUUUUGCACUUUUUGGGGCGUUGCUCUUUUUCCUUGGUAUGAAGAAUUUUGUCCCAAAAAGGCAGCCCAAGAAGAAGGCUCCCAAAACAAAAACGGGUUAGAAACAAGUGGGUGACGAAGGUCAGGUGGAGGGAUCUGCAUAUUGGUGCAAGAAACUUGUUGGGCUUCAGUUCUUGGUCUCUUGACACAAUUAUGUUAUUCAGCCAGGAUCUGCAUGGGCAUCGUUGGGGAUUUUUAUCUCUAUUCUUGCAUCAGAAUCCCUUCUUUUUUUUUUUUUUGUUUUUUAGUAUUUUCCCCCCCCCCCUGUUGAGUGGGGUUUAAUUUUGCUGCUUAUAGGCACUUCAUGAACUGUCCUUUCAAAAUGAGGUUUAG